UUGAACGCCGAGAAGAAGGAGAAAAACAACAAGUCUGUUAAGAUGGAGGAAAAACCUGCCUGAUAAUUUUGGAUAACACAUAUUUAUAUAAAAAAAAGAAAAGGAAAAAAAGUGCAGUUAUGACGCAAACUCCAAAACAGUGAUUUCAGUGUUAGCCUGAUAUGUAGCUGCCGCUCCAGCUCUCAUUACAGCGGAUAAUUAAGACAUAACAUCAGACACUAUGUCUGAAUCGGCAUGUGAGCCCAUUCACUCCACAAAUGAAACCAGCAGCCAAAUGACACAAUGGGAAAAUGGCUCGGCCCCUCUUAAUCUAAUAAAGAAAGCAGUGGUGGUCUUGACCAGACUGCCCGAUUAUAAGAUCAGCGCCCUGCGACCGCCGACGCCUCAGCAGUCCUACAGCGAAGCUGAAUUCUCCAGCAGCUCCGGUUCUGAUAUGCAGUGGCAACCAGAGGAUGAUUCCACUGAUUCCGAUUUUUCGGUUUCGAACAAUAAUCAGAAAUCUGACAAGAACAGCAGCGGUGACACAAGGAAACCCUCCAACAGCAGUGAAAUAAACCCCUCUGUUGGGAUAUCACCAACUUCUGCCCACUGCUCUCAUGAAACUACGAACAUCCAUCCUAACUUACCGCAGGUUGAAGUGAAAGUGGACAUGAUGGUCUUGGCCAGGAAGAAACGCAUGAAGUGGCAGCGUGGGAAAAUAGUGGAGAUAAUUUCAAAGGAAGAUGGACGGUUAAAGUACAAAGUUAGCUUUGAAGAAAAGGGGAAGAUUCUAGUAUCCGGUCACCACAUUGCCUUUGACACCCCACCAAAGGUAGAGCAUCUUUUUGUUGGCACUCGGGUUGUUGUUCAGUGCCAGGAUAACAAGUUCCAGUUCCGGCCUGGUGUUUUAGCCGAGCUCCCCAGCAGAAAGAACCGCUUCAGGUUCUUGGUCUUUAUGGAUGAUCACACGCCGGUCUAUGUCGGCUUACCUUUUUUUCACCUGGUUUGCAGACCGUCGGAAAACAUGUUUGACGACAUUCCCGACGGCCUUCAUAAGCAUUUCAUGAAACAGUACAUGAAGGACUGGCCGUACCCUCAUUUGACCAUAUACAGGGUUGGACAGAGCCUCAAUGCAGAAUACUUCGGAGAGCAGCAGAGGUGUGAGGUGCAGGCGAUCGACUGCAGCUUGAUACAGGUCGUUUUUCAGGCUGACCAUCACAGAGAGUGGAUCUACAGAGGCUCCAUACGCCUGGAACAUGCACAGGCUAGGUUUUUGGAACUGAGCGUGAGGAGAGAGGCCAUGAAUGAGUCUGACUCUGACUAAAUAUCCACAGAGAGUGGAUGCUGUGAAAAUACUGGGAAUAGCAUUCACAACCCUCUUUCUCUCGUGCAAAUAAAUGACUCAAGGAUAUAAGGAGGAGAUUUAACCUGUUUGAACGGGGUGCUAAUUUUGUAAUCUUUAAUUUGCUGCACAGUUGUGCGAAGUGACUGAGUGGACCAUCGCACUGCCGAAUGAACAAGACAUAAUUUUUCCUAGAAAACAUGCGAACGAUGAUUUUCUUUUUCAAUUUCUAAAAAAAUGGCACUUUAUCUUUGCACAACUUUUAACAGCAAGGUUAAGCAGCUAUAUUUUUUCAACUUUUUUUGAACAGUUAUAUGUGAAAAUGUUCAUACCCUCAUUUAUUAACUUGGCCACGAAUAGAAAUUUGUCUGAUGUGUGUUCAUUCACUUUUUUCAGUGUUGUUUUUUAUGAAUUGGGAACAAUUCAUAUAAACCUUUUUUCAUAUUUACAGAUUGAUAUGACAGUUAUGUCUCUGAUUUAUUUUGCCUUUGGUGUCUGUUAUGUUGCAUCCUUUGUCGUUCAACAAUAAAAAAUUAAAA